GAGGGGAACUGAACUCAGCUUUACCAAUCAUUCUCUUUGUUAUUUGUUUUGUCGUUCUAUCUUCACUCGUAGCUCUCCACCUCCGUUUCAUUUCGAGUUUUACUUGAUGGAAACUCUUAAGUUUCUGUUUACAUUCUACAUAUAUGUACGCGUUUCCCAUUACAAGACAGCCUGUUGACAGCAUUUAAUCCGCGUGGUGUAGAAUCAGUCUCUCAUUCGAACACAUGCAUUCAAAAUCAUACUCACAGUCUCAAAAACUUGACUCGCAUAAAUCUUCCGUUCGAAGCUUCAAGUCACAUCACAAACAAAGACACACAAUGGCAUCUCACACCAACGCAAACCCCAGCUCCAGUUCACCGAAACGCAAAAUGGCACACAGCUCUUCUGAUCGCCUCUCUAAAAUACCCAAGCUCAAAGUACCAGGCAAUACCCCUACUGAUCCCUCUCAGCCAAACCAUUCCCGCUCCAGAAAUUUGCCGCAAUCUGUUUCUACCGAUAACAAACAUCGUCAUCAUCAUCAUCACGAACAUCAUCCACACCAUGGACUCAUUCAUCCACCUCACGAUUCCACUUUAUUUUCUCCCACAAAUACGAGCUCUACUCUUCCAAAUUUAACUCUAGGCGAAGGUGUAAUUCCACCUUUCACAUCCCCCACUGUUCCUCUCUCACAGAGCCAACCGUUCUCCGAUCAGGACACACCGACUGGGAUUGAAGACGCCGCGGGACUGGGCGCCCCACCAAAUUUGGCAAAUGAUUUGGAAGAGGCAUUGAUGGAAGAAGUGGAGAAAAAUCCAGGACUGACGCAAGGGCUUCGAAUCGAGGAUCUCGCUUCUCAGGGUAAUGGAGGAAGUAAUUUAACGCCGGAAGAACUGGGGUUUGAUAUUGACGUGAAUAUCAAUCUCGAUAAAGAUGAGAUUACAUGGGAGAGCGAUGAGGAAGAUGAUGAAGGGGAACCUUCAAGCAGAGAAAAAGACAAAGAAGAUGUAGAAUCGUCUGUUUCCUCUGCGUCGGAUUCUCGCCAUUCGUCUGAUUCAGGCUAUGAUGAAACGACGGCGCCUCCAGUUUCGGAUACGAAUAUGGAUACAGGACCAGAAUACGAUGAGGGGUAUGUAGAGGGCGGGGGAGACAAUAAUGGCUUUGAGGCCUCUGCCGAAAUUGACUGGAACGACAUGUCGAACGAUAUUGAUGCUGACCCCUACACUGGGGGUGUACCAAAAAUAUCAGGCGAAAACGAUGUACAAAUGAAUUUCGAUGGUUUUUAUGGAGGGUGGGAUAGUACAAACGCAGAGUGGGCUGGAGUGGUGGCUUUAGAGCCUGAAGGAGAUGAGGCUGUGGACGGGUAUGAAGGAAUUGGGAAUGGGGCGCAAAGAAGUGGUGAGGACGAAGUCUGGUGGUUAAACGAAGGUUGAAAAUUGUUGAAUGGGUGCACAAUAGUCGCAUUGAUUGGUGUGAGACGAAAUGAAAGGCCUUUUCUUUCUGUUUUGAUUCGACGAGAAAUCCAUCAAUCGGAGCUGGUAAUGAAUGGGGAGUAUAAGAAUGUCUGAAGGGAAAUUAAGCCCCAGUUGUGAUUUACAAUGGCAAUUAUUGCCUGCAAAUAAAACGUAUGAGUGGUAAUUGGGUCUUGGGAAGUUGUAUUACUCA